AUGAAUCUUUGCUGUGAUCUUGACAAUCAACUGAUGACAUUCCUGCUCCACUUCUUGGGGACAAAGGCUACUGUGAUUGUUGCGUACGAUACGAAGAAAACUGAAUCUCGGUUCCUAAAGUUGUCCGUUUUGGGACGGCCAUUUAUCAUAGCAUUUAGGGGAUGCAUAAGAUUGAAGAAGGCUAUGGAAGCUAAGCUUGCCCGUUUUAGAAGUCAGACGGUAAGUGCGGAGAUAUGCAGUCAGAAGACAACAAAGCAGGAAGCCACGGCGGAAAGUUGGACAAUUUGGAACUGGAAUUAUGUACCAUGCUGUUUGAGGUGCAUUAAACAUGAAGAUACUGACAUAGAAGGCACCACAGACCCGACUAAGAUCUCUAGUUUUACCGAAUUUAAAGUACCGAAGCCCAGGAAAUGGUGGCAUAUUUUAAGUAAAAAACAUAGAGAGGCUUGUGGUCAAAAAGAAGUUACGAAAGAAGUUUUAAGGAGAAAUUUCACUAUGGAGGAGCUUGAAGAAGAAAUGGCAUCCGUUGGAUUUGGGGGACCUAACAACCAAUUCAAAUUUAUCAUUUUGAGCUUAGUUCUCCCUCGUACCAUGCCUCGGGAUUUAUCUAGAGAGUGA